GAUCAAUUUGCUAUUCUGUGCAAUUUUUUGUAUACAUGUUUUUUUUAUUUUAUCAAUAGAUUCUGAUGACAAUGGAGAAAACAAAGGGAUUGCAGUUUCCACUGAUACCAGUUGGCAAAAAAAAGGCUCCGGGAAAUCCUAUAAUAGUUUGUCUGGAUGUGCAUCACUGAUUGGACAGAAGACCGGGAAGGUAUUGAAUGUAAAAAUAAAAUCAAAAAAUUGCAGGACUUGUGAUGUUGCCAAAAGAAAAGGUAUAGUUCCAAAAGAGCACAAAUGCAGCAAAAACCAUACAGGCUCAUCUAAAGGCAUGGAGCCAGCUUUAGUGGUUGAUAUGAUAAAAGAUGUAAUAAAUAAGGGUGUCGAUAUUAAAGAAAUAGUUGGUGAUGAUGACACUACAGGUUUUCAAAGGGCACAAAACGUUCUUAAAAUAAAACUUAAGAAAAGAUCGGACAAAAACCAUAUCAAGAAAAACAUAUCAAAACAGUUAUAUGCAAUAAAAAAGAAUUGUCACAAAGGGUCAUCAAUUACAUCAUGCAGAAUUUUUCAUACAUGGUUGCGCAAAAUAAAAAAAACACAGAAGGUGUAACAACUGGCUUGAAAGCAAUGGUAGGACAUAUUUUUGGUGACCAUAGCUUCUGUAAUACCAAGUGGUGUGUCUUCCUUGAACACCCUUUGGCAAAAUUUAGUAAGUUACCAUACGGCAAACCACUUCAAAAUCCAGAGCUGAGGAAGGAACUGGAUAGAAUUUUUAUUAAAAAAUUAUCAAUUCAAGCAGAAAAACUUGCAAAUCUUGCUAGCACUCAAACAAAUGAAAAUCUCAACCAAAUGUUAGCAACAAAAGCACCUAAAUAUAAACAUUAUUCUGCAUCUAACAGUCUCAGUUACAGGUUUAGUGCAACAGUGGCACAGAAAAAUGAAGGCCACAGAUAUGUGCAUGAGGUUCAUGAAUCAAUGGGGCUCUCACCAGGCAAUUUUAGCAUAAAGCGUGCUACCUUCAUGGAUAAGAUCAGAAGAAAGUACAGUAAAUUACAGAAGACGAGGAAAUAUAAAAGGAGAAGAAUUGAGCUAAAGUCGGAGAAAUGUAACAGCAAUGGUAUAGCAGAAGUUCUAGAGGGAACAACUUAUGAAACCAAUAUUGACAUUGAGGAUGAUAUAACUGACCAACUAGAAGAAAUUCCAACUUGGAAACAGAUAACAGCUGAGGAAAACUUUCCAAUUAUAGUAUUUGAUCUUGAAACUACAGGCUUGUCUCGUCAGUCAGAUAUUGUACAGAUAGCAGCUUUAACUGAGAAUGAAACUUUCUCAGCCUAUGUUAUGCCAUCAAAGAAGAUAACACCACAGGCAUCUGAUAUAACAAAACUUGCAUUCUUUGAUGGGCAAAUGUACUAUGAUGAAGUUCCUGUGGAAAGUUCACCACCAUUUGAAGUCUUUACUAAUCUUAUUGCUUUUUUGUCCAAGUUUCCUUCUAAACCAACACUUGUUGGACACAAUAUAAAAACGUUUGACUGCCAUAUACUGUAUAAUCAAUUGAAUAAAUUGAAGAUGUGGGAUGAAUUUUGCCUGUAUUUUAAUGGGUUCAUUGACACAAGAAUAUUGUUUAGGAGUGAAUAUCCAGGUCGUCAAAGUUACAAGCAGUGUGAUUUAGUGUCAGAUUUUUUAGGGGAAAGUUAUGAUGCACAUAAUGCUUUGUAUGACUGUAAAUCUUUAUUUAAACUGGUGCGAUCACAUGGAAAUUUAGCUUCUCAUUUCUGUAAGUAUACAUUUGAUGGAAUGUACCCAAAAUAUUGCCAAAAUGACUUAUCUUUCAAAGCUCUUGUUGAAAAUAAAGUAAUGUCAAAACAAUUAGCCAAAAAGGCAGCUUCAACUGGGUUGUGCAAGAAGCAUUUUAUUUUGUCAAUUCAAAGAAAUGGUAUUGAUGGACUGAGGGCACUUUUGUCUCAAAAAAAUAGUUCAGGUGUAGUACGUGUUACAACAUCAAAAUCUAUCAUUCAGAAGGUGUAUGAUUUUUUUGUUAUAUGAAAUGAAGAGUAAAUUGUUUUAGAUUCCAUAUGAAUCUGAUUAUAUAUACAUUGUAGAAUUUAAAUGUAACAAUUAUGGUGAAUGCUACUAGAGAUUAACAGAAAUUUUAAUCUACAGACAUACUUGCUUCUGUGACCAAGCUUCUAUUAUAUCAAUUAGCAAUAAUUGUUAUUAUUAAAGAAA